UCACUUGUGAAGCGGACAUGUCAUCCCUUGGGAUCAACAAAAUAGACAAAUAUUGCCCUUUAGGCUUAGACAUCACUACAAUGUACGCGGAAAGAUCAGACUGGCUUUAGUUAGCUCACUACCUAUAGUAGGUGGCGACGAUUUCGACGGAGAAAAAGCCAACGGUCAACGCUCACAAUUCUCGUCAGGAAAUAAAAAUGAGUCUUAACGACUACUUAAAAGCCCUCUAAUCGUUUCGACUCGGAAGUAGGUCUUGAAGCAUCAUCUAGAGUUAAUUCAUUAAAAGCCAAGAAACAGACCACACUGUGACACAUUCCAAACGGCUUGUCCGGGAGGGGCAAUCAAUAGACAAUGAAUGGGAAAGAACGGAAGCAAGCAAGGAAGCAAGGAAACACAGGUGGGAUUGAAGAGCCAAUCUUUUAAAUUCCCGAGUCGAUUUGCUAUUCUUAACCAAAGAACUUGAUCAAGCUAUCAACUUCGAAGAUGAAGGAGCAAGAAUAAAUUCCAGAGCAAAAGAUGCUUUAGCCCAUUCACCUUCUCACUGGAUGCGUUAGUGUAAAUUUCUUUGAUGCCCCCCCCUCCCCCUUCUGCCUCGAUCAAAAAACUGCCAAACAAGUAAUAUCAAAUAACGCUUGUGAUUGACGCCUUCAAAUCACGAGCCCAUGAACUAAGUUCAAGAAUGGGUCAGUCAGGUUUGAAGAUGGAUCGGUUGCACAAGAUUCUAAUUGGGGCUUGUGCCCUAACAACAGUUUGCAGCUUCAUCCUAGGCAUUGGUGUAUUUACGCUUUUGAACCAGAAUACGCUGAGCAUUUUUAAGGCAUUAACUUGGAAUUCUCUUCAAGAGGAGACAGACAUCACACUCUCAAUAUUGAAUGAAAUUGACCCCAAAACUCUCGAGGAGAACCUUCAAUGGAUCAGUCAAUCUCCGCAUGAAGCGGGAUCGAAUCGAGAUGAGAACAUUGCCAUGUGGAUUCGGCAACUCUUCCGAAAAUACCAAUUCGACGAUGUGCAAGUGUCAACUUAUAAAGCUUUGCUGUCUUACCCGAGUGCAGUUGAGCAAAGUCGCGUGGAAUUAUUGGAUGGAUCAGGGGAAAUUCAGUUUUCAACUAACCCUGGGGGAGGUUUUGAAUCAGGUAGAGCCAUGUCUAACAUGGGCGGUCCUUCCGCCCACUUUCAUGCUUACUCACCUUCAGGUGCCAUUGAGAGCACGUUGAUCUAUGCCAAUUAUGGAAGGGAUGUGGACUUUCUAAAAUUACAAGAGCUCAGUAUUCCCAUCGUUGACCGUCUGGUCAUUGUUCGUGAAGGUCAGAUAAGUUCAGCAGAAAAGGCUUUCAAUGCGGAAGCGUACGGAGCAGUGGGAUUGAUCGUGUAUCCCGAUCCUGAAACCGCUGCCAAGGAUGGAGAAAGCCCUUUGAUGGUCUAUCCAAACAAUUGGUGGCUACCAUCGGAUGCGAGACGAUCUGAUAGCGUUUUGACCAACCCUGGAGAUCCUCUAACUCCGGGAUGGCCGGCAAAGCCCAAUGUGCAUAGACUAAAACAAGAAUUAGUAGAAUCAUGGCCCAAUAUUCCCUCUCUACCCAUAAGCUAUAAUGCCGCUCGUGAAAUAUUGUCUGUUCUUGGUGGCCGAGAUGUUCCAUACGGUUGGCAUGGCCGGCUUCAAGGCGUUCAAUACAAAUUAGGAGGAGAAUUCAAACUCAGUAGCAAUGUGAAACGUGUUCUUUUAACUGUCAAAAACCAACUUACGCCAAUAGACGUCUCCAAUGUGAUAGGAAUCAUCCAAGGGUCUGUGGAACCCGAUCGGUACGUAAUAUUAGGGGGUCGACGAGAUUCCUGGGGCAACGGUGCAGUCAACCCUUCAACAGGAACUGCAGCCAUGAUGGCAUUAGCACAAUCGAUCACCAAAGUUAUGAAAGACGAAGGCUGGAGACCACGGCGUUCUUUGGUGUUUGCUUCCUGGGGAGGAGGUCAGCACGGGGAAAUUGGAUCAACGGAAUGGGUUGAAGAGCACUUCCCCAAAUUGAAAGAUCGAACUGUGGCCUAUAUCAACGCUGAAGGUUGCUCUUUCGGACCAAGUUUGGACACGACAGCAACCAAAGAUUUGGAGGAGGUCAUUCUAGAGGCCCUUAAACUGAUACCCAAUCCACAAGUUGAACAGAACUACAUGGGUGAUGAAGUCAAUUCCAAUACUAAGGGAGAAGGAUCUUAUUACGACUAUUGGAUGAAUUCCCCCGGAGACGGGUUCCCGACCAAUAACUUGGGCUUUAGCGGACCAAGAGCGAUUCAACGAACGAUGGGAAGGGGAGAUUUCACAAGCUUUCAAUCUCUUAUGGGUUCCCCUGUUAUGGAUAUUCAAUUGGUGCCUGAAAAACAUAAUCUUAGCAGUUUUCCCCUGGCUUCUACGGAGUACGAUACGUUUGCAAUCUACAAAUCUGCUGUCGACCCAAAACUUCAAAACAUUCAAACUUGCGCCAAGAUCAUGGGUUAUAGUGUGAGAGCACUUUCAGACAGGCCAAUUUUACCCAAUGAUGCCACUUCUUACUUCGACAUCAUGAAAGAAGGACUGUUAGAGCUUCAGACACUCGGGAUGUUUGAUAAUUCUUUGGAGCAAUUGCAGAAUAUCAGUUUAGGUCCAUUAGAAACAGCCAUCACUAAUUUUGGACCUCAGGCCCAGAACUUCAGUGAAAGGGUGAAGGAGGUAGACGAAAACAAUCCCUUGGCCGUCCGAAUGAUCAAUGACCAAAUCAUGGGUUUGGCGAGAAUAUUUGUCUUGAAAAGCGAUUUCCCCGGCAUUACUGGCUACAACGCUUUGGUGGGAUCUGUAAAGGAUCAACCGAGAAGUGUCAUUUUUCCAAAACUCCGGUUCUUGGUCUCCAAGUUGGCAGAGCAAAAUUUGGAAGAAAAAAAUAGAAGACAUGAGAAACUCCGACUUCAUGUGACUGAACUUUUCAUAAUGAUUGAACAAGCCACCUCAUACCUAAAAGCUUAUCAUAUCAUCUGAGCAAAGCUUGAUAUCAAUUAGAAAUAGGAAUAAAGAUAACAAACACGUUUUGUACAUUGCAAGAUGCAAGAAUUGAAUAAAAUGGAUUUGGUAUGAG